AGCAGCAAGACUGUCCAGGUGGCAGGGACACUUGGAACUGGCAGGGCUGAAACAUCAUUAUCCUCUUGGCAGAAGGAAGGGUGGGUGCUCUUUGCAUUGAAGUUGGCCCCCUGUCUGGGAGAGGAGCUGUCUAUGCACAAAAAGGAAGGGACACAGGGGCUAUUUAAGGUCUGUCAACCACCACGGACCCUGAAUGGAAUGGCGCUCAGGGCAGGAUGCCAUGGGAAUGAAAUGGAGGAGCCAUCCAGAACCUAGAGAGCCAAGUCGUCUGCUAUGUCACGUGUGGUGUUCCCUGGACAGGCCCCUGUGGAUUUGGACAUAUACCAAAGCUCCUACAUGAUCGACUACAAACCUUAUGGGAAGCACAAAUAUGCCCGGGUCACAUCAGAAGAGCAAGCAAAGCUGGACACCCAACUCCGGGACAAAGAGUUCUACAGGCUCACCCACAGCCCCAACCCCAAGCUAGAAGAUGGAUACCCUGCCUUCAAAAGACCCCACAUGACCGCCAAGGACCUGGGGCAACCUGGCUUCUUCCCACCACAGGACCAUGUGGCCCCAGUGGAGGAUGAAUGUAGGUUCACCAGCAUCUGUCCAUCCGUGUACCCAGCUUCCCAUGCUGUGUACCUGGCCCACGACGACCCAAACCGGAUUCAACAGAGUGCCGACUUCCCCUGUCUCCUGGAGCCUGAGCGCCAGCCUGCCCCAGACGUGGGCAAAGGCUACUUUCUACUGCCUGGCUGUGCCUGUCCUUUUCACUGUGCAGCCAAGGUUCCCAUAUUGAACCGAUGGGGGCCCUUGAUGCCAUUUUACCAGUAGGUAGGCUGAGAACACCUUCCAAGGGCCCUGUGGAAAUUCCUCCCUCUUACAAGGGAAUCCCUUGAAGUAUGGAUAAGAAAACUAAAUAAAACUCUGGAAAGAC